AAAUGUAUAGUUUGGAAUGCAUUAUUAUCGAAUGUAACAUUUUAGUCGCUUACCUAGUGAAGUUAAUAAAGGAUACUUUGUAUAAGUAUGAGGAACAGAAAAGGACGAAGUGUUCAAACACUGAAAAACUCCUGCUGAAGCAAUCCAGGUGGCUCGCUAUUAUAAAGAUGUCGUGUAUUAAAGAGGAGAGUGAAGAUAUUAAGAUUGAAGAAGUAUUCAGAGUCAAAGUUGAAGAUAAUGAGGCACAAACAGAGCUGAUGGAACUGAAAAAGGAAAGUCAAGAACUCAAUGAAAAGGAAGAAGAAAAUCCGUGUGAGAUACAGCAUGAUUUCAUGACUGGUGAAAAACCUAGACCGACUGAAAAGAUUUCCUCACGGAAAAGAGCUCGGAAGACCAAACCUAACAGUUCUAAUCGAGCACAAAAACAAAACCUUGAAACCCACAAGAGAGGUCACACUAGAGAGAAGAUUUUUGUAUGUGAUCAGUGUGGAAAGAGCUUCCAAUUCAGUAAAUACCUUACGAAUCAUAUGCGAGUUCACACAGAAGAGCGGCCCUUUGCCUGCAAACGGUGUGGAAAGAGUUUCUUACAAGAAGUAAAUCUGAACACUCACAUGAAAGUUCACACUGGAGGGAAGUCGUUCACAUGUGAGCAGUGUGGAAAGAGUUUCAUCCGCAAAGGAGACCUUAAUAACCACAUGAGUCUUCACACUGGAGUGAGAAAUUACAUCUGUAAUUUGUGUGGGAGGACUUUCUCAUGCAAAGGAAAUCUGAACACUCACAUGAGAAUUCACACUGGAGAGAAGCCCUUUAUAUGUGAUCAGUGUGGGAAUAGUUUCAGAUGUAAAGCAACUCUUAGUAACCACAUGAAAAUUCACACAAGAGACAACUCUUUUAAAUGUCAUCAGUGUGGAAGGAGUUUUACAGACAGAGAUCAUCUUAAGAUUCACAUAACGACUCACACUGGAGAGAAGCCGAACAUGUGCCAUGACUGUGGAAAGAGUUUCACAAAACAAUCGCAGCUUAAGAAUCACAUGAGAAUUCACACCGGAGAGAAACCUUUCGCCUGCUCUCAGUGUGGAAAGAGUUUCAACGUUAAAGCAAACCUUCGGACUCACAUGAGAAUUCACUCUGGAGAGAAGCCAUUCACCUGCCACCACUGUGGAAAAAGUUUUAGAUAUCAAGGAAACUUUAACAGUCAUAUGAGGCAUCAUGUGUAAAAGUUAUUCUGCCAUUAAAGAUGCAUCUGCAAAGUCAUGUGCUUGUAAGACCCUAUUUGUGUUCUUUGUGUGGAAGGAGUUUUAAAGGAGAAGUCCACUUCCAAAACAAAGAUUCACAUAAGUUUCUCCCCCUUGUCAUCCAAGAUGUUCAUGUCUUUCCUUCUUCAGUCAUAAAGAAAUAGUUUUUUGAGGAAAACACUUCAGCAUUUUUCUCCAUACAGUGGACUGCUAUGGUGCCCCAAUUUUGAAUUUCCAAAAUGCAGUUUAAAUGUGGCUUCAAACGAUCCCAAAUGCUGUUGUAAAUGAUCCCAGCUGAGGAAGAAGGGUCUUAUCUAGCGAAACGAUCGGUUAUUUUCAUUAAAAAAAAUACAGUUUAGAUACUUUUUAAUCUGAAACGCUUGUGAACUCUGUGUAUUCUGGCUCAAGACAGUUAGGGUAUGUCGAAAAACUCCAAUCAGAUUUUCUCCUUCAACUUCAAAAAUCAUUUCAAAAUCAUCCUACAUUGCUGCAGAAGUAUUGACACAGUCUAUGCAAAGUGAACAUGCAAAGAAGAUCAAAAACCCUUAACAAAAAAUGUAAAACAGUGAUAUAGGACGAUUUUGAAGUUGAGGGAGAACAUGAGAUGGGAGUUUUUCCGACAUACCCUAACUAUCAUGAACCAGAACAAAAACAGUUCAGGCAGAGUAAGAAAAGACAAGCAUUUAACAUUAAAAAGUAUAUAAAUUGUAUUAUUUUUAUGAAAAUAACAGAUCAUUUUGCUGGAUAAGACCCUUCUUUCUCAGCUGGGAUCGUUUGAAGCCGCAUUUAAACUGCAUUUUGGAAGUUCAUAAUCAGAGCACUGUAUCAGUCC